AUGAUGAACGUUGAAAAGCAAUUCGAUGAACUAAAAACGAUUCUCUACGAGGAAAGUAUUCUUUUUAUUGACAGAAAACUACUUGCAAUAGAAAACGAAGAAGCACCUGAAUAUCAACACGAAUUAACUAAAUUAUACGAUGAAAUGAAGGUACAUUUGGAUGUUGCCAAACGGCGGCACGAAAUCGAACUUCAAGCACUAGAAAAUGCGACCCAAUCGGAACUGUUAAGUUUAAACCAAACGCUAGAAAAUGAUAAAGUUCUCUUAUAUCAUCACAUGCAAGAAAACCUCCAGGAACAGAUCGACGAAAUUGAAAAUUUAAAGAUGAAAAGUGAAUUAAGUGCAAAUAUUUUACAAGAAAUUCAUCCAAGUGAACAUCAACAUUCAAUGAAACGUCGAGAUGCAACUGAUCCUACGAAAGCUACCAACCGAAAAAAAGCCCGAACAGCCGAUAAAGAUAACUUGGCGAUUUUUUAUCAAUUAUCUGAUAUGAAUAUAGUUGAAGAUUGGGCGAUCAUUCAGACGUCUCUCCAGCGAUCAGCGAUUAUUUUAGAUGAAAGUGAUGGUGAAGAAUCAGAUAUGCAAGACGAUACAAACCAUUGA